AUGAGCGCAAUUCUUUCUGCGGAUGAUUUGAACGAUUUCAUUUCACCUGGCGUCGCAUGUAUAAAGCCGGUUGAAACGCUUCCAAAGAAGCAGGAGGAGAACCCGUAUGAAGUUACGACAGAAGAUAAGCUUGAAGAACAGAAUCCACCGCCCGCGCAGAUUUCUCUCACGGAUUGCCUAGCUUGCUCAGGAUGUGUUACUUCCGCCGAGGCCGUAUUAGUUUCGCUCCAGUCGCAUGCAGAAGUUUUGAACACGCUUGACGCCAACCCCGAGAUUCGGCUUGGUGGCGAGGACGCUGGAGAUGGGAAGAUAUUUGUCGCCAGUGUUAGCCCGCAGGUCCGGGCUAGCUUGGCUGCAACAUAUGGAAUUUCAGAGAGGAAGGCGGGAUACAUGAUUGAGCAGUUCCUCAGUGGACCACACGGGUUGAGAGCUGGAGGCCAACACGGAAGCGGAUUUACAUGGGUGGUCGACACCAAUAUCAUGCGCCAGGUGGUUUUGGAACUCAGCACGGCCGAGGUUACGGAAUCACUAGCUGCGUCGACUUCUACAACUCAAGACCCUGAAAACAAAUAUACGAUUCCCAACCGGCCUAUUCUCUCGUCGUCGUGUCCCGGAUGGAUUUGCUACGCGGAAAAAACCCAUCCACACGUCCUACCUCACCUAUCACGCCUAAAAUCACCACAAGCGUUGACUGGAACGUUCCUAAAAACUAUAAUAAGCAAGAAACUGAAUAUAUCACCAUCGAGGAUAUGGCAUCUCGCCAUAAUGCCUUGCUUCGAUAAGAAGCUCGAGGCAAGUCGACAGGAACUGACGGACGUUUCAUGGAAAGGCGAAUCGAACAGCAUAGGCGAACCUAGCUCACCCGUCAGAGAUGUUGACUGCGUCAUAACCUCCAAGGAAUUACUCAUGCUCGCAUCUUCCCGAAACAUCAGCCUUCCAUCUCUCCCACUCGAGCCACUACCAGCUCACCUGUCCCCUUUCCCAGACCAGAGGAUCGCCCAGUUUCUUUCUGAAAACAGCCUCCACUCAAUACAACCGUCUGCCGCUGGCCCAUCAGGCGGAUACCUCCAUCACCUCCUAACAACAUAUCAAUCUCGUCAUCCGAACAGCCACAUUCAAGCCCAACGAGGCCGUAACGCGGAUGUGGUCGAAUAUACCCUCGUCUCAGAAUCAGGCGAUCCAAUUAUCAAGGCAGCUCGGUACUAUGGAUUCAGAAAUAUUCAGAAUCUAGUGCGAAAAUUAAAGCCAGCUCGAGCAUCCAGGCUCCCUGGUUCGCGAACUAUAGCUGCAAACGCCAACGGAACAAGAGCACGGCCAUCCCCCCUGGGAAACGGGAGGGCCGGAAGCGGAAAUCCUAGAACCGCUCAGCCUGGAACUCCUGCACCGCCGUCAGAAUUCGCAUAUGUUGAAGUCAUGGCUUGUCCUGGCGGCUGUACCAAUGGCGGAGGCCAGAUUCGGAUUGAGGACGCUAGAGAGGUCAAUUCGUCAUUAUCUGGUGAGGAAGGCGUAUGGCAGGGCCAAAAGUCGACGCCUCAGGAUCAGAGAGCCUGGCUUGCUCGUGUCGAUGAAGCGUAUUAUUCUGAUUCCUCAGAGGAUGGUGUUGAUGGUAAUCAGUCUACUACGCGGGGAAACGUAUCAUCAUCAGACGAGAUACAUUCCAUGCUGAAGUAUUGGUCUGAUCUGACGGGCGUGUCUCUCGAGGACCUCGUUUAUACCACCUACCGCAAAGUGGAGAGCGAUGUAGGGAAGAAGAAGGGUCCGGCUGGAGGCAUGGACACGGCUCGAGUUGCUGAGCUAGCUGGUAAGGCUGGCGGUGGAUGGUAG